AUUGGAACGGCAUCGUGUGGUGGAACUACUUACUUCUGUUUUAAGUUUUUAACCGUCGGAAGUGAUGCGUUUUGGAGGGCAGUCAGCCAUUUCCCAACGCCAGCGGUGCAGAAUUUGGCAAGAAGAGAGAUGUCUCGGGUGGACUACGCAUCCUCCUCAGACGACGACCUUCCAGGCUCCGAACACGAAUCACCACAACAACUCCACGAACUACCAGCAUCUCCACCACCGCGACCGCCUUCCUCUCCUAAAACGCAGGCAUCUUCUGGGUGCUCAUUUGCUGAUCAAAAGCCAGAAACUUUUGAGAAGCUUCCAGAUGCUUCGAUGCUUUUGAACUCUCCGACAGUGUCAUUAGUGAGUGGAAACGACCACGCAUCUAUAGUAGUGGCAGCGGUGGCGGAAAGUGCGUCGCGUAAGCAAGACUCGAAGGAUAUGAUGGGAUUGGGUUCCACUACUAGUGUUAGCGUACCACCGUCACCAAGGGCUAAACUUCCUAGAGCUACCAUACCUCAUUCCAAGAGCGUUCAUGACACCGAAGGUGGCGCCCUUAUUCCCCCCCAGCUCAAAGGAAGGAGUAACGUGGUCACUGAAGAUAUCGGCAAGCUAUUUGUUAGCAGGCAUGCUGUUGCAAAGCCCAGAGUGCCUGAAAAUUAGUCAUAGUUUAUUUCCUCUUGAAAUUGUUGAUUUGUACAAGCUCAAAACAGCUAAACAUCUUGAGGAUUUUGAUUUUAUAUAAAUGUGAAGUAUACUUUUGCACAUGCUUGGAUUCUCUAGUUUGGCUGAAGUUGUGUAGUGGGUUCAUAUUUUCCUGUUGCAGAACUCAUUGGUGAAACUGGCUAACUGUUCGAAUUAACUUUAGCUUUUAUGAUAACUUUUUAGGAAAAAUUGACAACUUAUGGAAAUGACGAGUUUUAGCGCAUUGGCAGUCCGCUGGAUUAGACGUGCGUGUUUGAUUUCUUAUUGAUAGUUU